UUGGUUUCUUGGAUUUCCGUGGGGGAUUUUGGUGGUCCGGGACGCCGGGGUUGCUUUCUUGGUGCUGAACUGCUGAUCGUGUUUGGUUUUCGUGGGGGAAGGGAUGGACGUGGGCACGUUCCCGGCGGGGAUGCGCGUGCUCGCCGUCGACGAUGACGGCGUCUCCCUCAAGAUCAUCGCGAAGCAACUACGCAUUUGCAAGUACGAUGUGACAACAGCAAUGUGCGCGGAGACAGCACUGGAGAUGCUCAGGGAGAGGAAGGGGGACAACCAGUUGGACCUGGUGAUCACCGACGUGCACAUGCCGGACAUGGAUGGCUUCAAGCUCCUGGAGCUCAUCGGACUCGAGAUGGAUAUCCCAGUCAUCAUGCUAUCCGCGAACGAUGAGAAGGAGACUAUGAUGAAGGGGAUAAAGCAUGGGGCUUGUGACUAUUUGGUGAAGCCAGUGCACCUUGAGCAGAUUAGGAAAAUAUGGGUGCAUGUUCUGAAGAAGAGUACCUCUGAUCCAAGGAACCGAAUGAGCGGUGGCAACGAUGAUGCUCGUCAGAAGUUGCAACCUGGGGGUACUGAGGGUGAGAAGGAUGGUGCAAACAGCACCAGGAAGUAUUCAAGGAAGAGCAGAAAGGAUGGAGAUGGCCCUGAAGAGGACAGGAAGAACACAGCCCAGAAGAGGCCACGGGUCCGGUGGUCUGUUCAGCUACACCACAAGUUUGUGGAGGUCGUCAAUCAGAUUGGCAUGGAUAGGGCUGUUCCGAAGAAGAUACUGGAAAUGAUGAAUGUGGAUGGCCUCAGUAGAGAGAAUAUCGCAAGUCAUCUGCAGAAGUACCGGAUCUACCUGAAAAGGUUCAGCGAAGGCACAGUCAGGCACUCUAAUCUAUUUGCUGGUGAACCUGAAGGGUACAAAUGGAACCCCAACGACAUGAAUGGACUGCAAAGUUUCAAGAAUCACCCUGAACAUGGUAGAUACCAGCCAUCCCCAUCCUUUGCUGGCUCUUCAAACUCAAGCAACCCUUUUCCAAUGAUGAAUUCACCAUCUGCAUUUGGAUCAGGGCACGAUUUGCUGCCCACUCAGUCAGUUCAGCUCAUGAACUCCGAGAGAAAUUUGGGCAUUCAUCUGAAGGACAUGGGGCCAGUUGGUCAUGGUGGCAACCUGCUCAAGGAUGCUGUGCCAGGAUCACAGCAGGAUGCGAGCAAAUUCAUCUCUCCUGGCAACUCCUACACAAACAUAUCGAAUGUUCAGCUGAAUGUUCAGCUGUCUGGUACAAGCAAAUGCUUCCUUUCCGGUCCUUCUGGCAGCUCCGUUGCUAAUUCAUCAAAUAGCAUGGCGUUCAACACAAGCAAAUCUUUCCCUUUUGGUACUUCUGGCAAUUCAUCUGCAAACAUCUCAAAUGACAGCCCACCAUUGGCCGCAAGCAUCAGCUUUCCUUCCUCUUGUUCUAUCAAAUCCUAUGCAAGCAUAUUACGUGGCAAGCUGUUGGGAGCAACCAGAGGUAUUCCUUUUGAUGCCGACAACACCUUUGGAGACAUAGCAGAUGGUGAUAUGCUGGCUUCUUCAAGUCAUUUACCAGUGCAGUCUCCUGAGUUGGUGAACCAGCCUUCGGUUCAGAUACAGUCAUCUUCUGCUGACCUAUUCAGCAAAGAUGUCAGAGAGGCUCCCCAAUUUGCUGGACUUAGCAACUCCAGUAACUCCUGGAAAACUGCUGUACCAUUGAAGUUUCCUAAUGUUGGUCAUAAGGAUGGAACAUCUGAAGGUCCCUUGCAGGAGAACAGCCUCAAAAUCAAGCAGCCCUCAAGAUUUGCAGCCUCAUCUGGCCAGAUGCCAACCUUUGGAAAUGAAUGUCAGAACCAAAUGGCAGCACUCAUGAAGAAAACUGCACCAGUGGUAGGUUUCAGUGACCAGAUGGCACUAUUCAACUUAGGAAGCAACAUAAACUCUACGGGGAUGCCGAAUUGUAACUCUGCUCUGGGUAGUGCUUCAAGCAUCAGGUCUUCAUUGCCUAACCUUCAGAUGAACAAUUCUGUCAUGCCAACCCAGACACUGAAUGGUGAGGGUGCAAGUGGUAAUCUCCCUGAGAAAGAUGGCACAGUUGAUCAGCAGGCUGUUAGUGAUCAACUGAAUAACAUCAAUGAAUCCCGCAUGGGAACAAGCGAGGCACAGAAUAGGGUGAGUGGUGACUCGGAUGAUUUCUUCUCUGACUGGCUUAAUCAAGAUUUCUUCAAUAAUGGUGAUGCUUUCAUGGAUGGGGACUGGGAGUUCAUCCCUUGAGAUCAGCUCUGUGAGGGAGAUGUUCUGCAUCUGUGUAGUCCAGCUGCUGAUCACUCCAUGGUUCUUGCAUGUUGUAUGUGCAAAAUUGUGCUAUUUGUAAUAGACUAGCUAGGAGCAGGUAAUCUUCAGCGGCAUCCCAUGUUCAUCUAGUGUGGUCAUGCGGAGUUCUCUUUUGUUAUGACCGGUAUACAGCACAGCCGGCGCAGCAAGAAGGUGUUAGAAUCGGUUUAGGAGAUGUAAUUCGGUUAGGAGAUGAAGUCUAGUCAGUUUAGGACAGGAAUUAGUUCAGUUCGGUUAGAGAUAAGAAUCUAGUUCAGUUCGGUUUAGAGAUAGAGAAGUCUAGUCGGUUUAGAGAUAAGAGUUUAAUUGGAUCAGGAUAGGUAUUAGAGAUAGAUUCCAGAGAUAUUGUUGGUUUGAAUCAGGACUU